ACUGUGCUAAAUAUUCAUUGCGCGUUAUCCCUUGUAUGAAAUUCCUGCCUUCUGUAUGUGUGUUCUGAGUGUCGAUGCCAAAGCAUCUGCCGACAUUCAAGCACUUGCUAGCAUCACCAGCCACACCUCAAAAAACACAGGACAGACCGAGAACCAAAAGCGUCAAUGAUCUCUUGGCCUCUUCACGAACGAAUUUACGAGCUUCGAACAGAAGAAAUGAUGAGGAUAAUGGAGAUUCAUCCGCCAGUAGGCUUGCGUUGAAUCCCCAUCUUCAACCUGGUGAGACGAUCUGGGCGCCACCUUCUGUCAUUGUUGGAGGUGUGGCAAAUCUAGACAUACAGGAGGGUGUGGUACAUCCCGCUGAGAUCGCCAGGAGACAAGAAGCAGAGAGAAGACGAGCGAGGAGAGGGGUUGCUGGACCGGCUCCGCCGCCGUCAUGGGGUACACCGCGCCAGCCUCGACCUGAUGCUCAGAGAGUAGCGGGCGGACUCAGUGAGACGGCUGGAAGCUCUCAACAUCUUGAACCACGACACGUCACCACGAGAGAUCUGGAGAGAUCGUUCUCACUUUUCAGCGAUCAUGGAUCUACCGCUCGGGCUGGACUCCCUUCGCUCGUCGAUCACUGUCUUCAAUUGAUCCUGUUGAACUUGAACGAUGAAGCACCUCUAUAUACUGGCGAGACAAGUCCCGAGUCAGGUGAAGACCAGUGGACCAUCGGCGGCCUUCUCAGCGAGCAACUCCCUUACCUCGAUACCCACCUCAGAACCCAGCUUCUGGCUUGUCAUGCGCUCCUACCGGAAGGAUCCGCAUCUCGAUUGACGGAUGACAAUCUCGUUCGGACGCUUGCAGAUGCCUCUAGGGAGGGAUAUGGUUCAGGUGAUCUUCCCGGACCCAUAAAGGAGGAGGAAAAUCUGAGUGCAGAUGGCCGUUCAAUCCAGGAGAUGCAGGGAGAUCACCCCGAUGAUGACUUCACGGCUCAAGAAAGAGGCAGCGACAAGGGAGACACCCCGUCCGGGUCUUCUUCUGACUGGGAUCGGGCCACUACUUCUUUCACGGUUCAUCACCUACCCAUCACGCUCCACCCAUCCCCGGUGUCCCUCCUUCGACGGAUCAAUACCUUGGACUCGGUGUCGAUCACUUCGAUCAAUUUGGCAUACUCCACCAUCAAAGAUAUGGAAAGGCUGGUGGCAGUUCUACCCGUGGGCUUGAGGGAACUUGGUCUUUGCGGAAUCAGAAUUGGUACAGGUGUCACACAGAGAGUGAGGGAUGGUGAGGCCUGGCGAAGAGGGCUCAGUGCGUUGGCCAGGAGAUUACUCGUCUUGAGGAUGCUAGACAUCUCAGAAGCUCCCUUUCCUUGUAUCCAGCACUAUCUCACAGCCUUGCUAUUCCCGCCAUCGACGCGACUACCAUCACUCCGCAUCAUGAGUCUGAGAAGGUCUCUGGGAGACACGCAGCUUAUUGCCUCUGGCUCGCACGACGCGGCGGAUGAUAUUAACUCUAAGCGACAAGUGAGGUCUGAUCUACUCGAUAUUGUAAGAGCACGCUGCAGAGAGAGAUACGUAGAGGUCAUCUGGGCUUGAAUAGCCAUGCAUAAGACAGUACAU